AAUGAACGAGCAAGGCGGCUUUUUUUUUUUUGUUAAAGAAUCGUGUUCAUUAGCAGCUACGAUACCUCGAAACACUGACACACAUACACACCACAUAAAACAGUAAAUGUAGGCUUUGUUGUUCAAAACAAGCCUUAGACAUUUUAAUUAAAUAUGGUGGAACAUGUCCAUAGUUGAUGUGAUGAGCUACACCUGUGGGUGCUCUCUAGGACGCUAGUGUGAAUUGAUUUAAAAAAGUGAAUUGAUGUGGAGUGGAUUGAUUUUAAAAAAGUUAAGUGUUUGUGCAAGUAAAUGUGACAUUACUCAUUAAGGUGGAUGAUGGCUACAGCAGAGCAUUUAUGCUUCAUACUUCUGUUAUGUGUGUGUGUCUGUACUUGUUUGAGUGACUAUUACUCACUGCUUGGAGUUUCUCGCUCAGCAUCUUCAAGAGAUAUCAAGAAAGCAUUUCACAGGCUGGCCCUUAAACACCAUCCUGAUAAAAACCAAAGUCCUAAUGCACAGCAGGUCUUCACACAUAUUGCUCAAGCAUAUGAAGUACUAUCCGACAGGGAGAAGAGACGAGUCUAUGAUCAAAUGGACUACUUAACCAAACCUGAUCAGGCUAGGGAGGGAAAGUUCAAGAAAGAUGAAAAAGAGGAUAUGGACAGCCAUCCCUUUGUCAAAAAAGAGACAUUUCAUAGUAAAAGGGGUUUCCAGCAUUUUGGUUUAGAAGAGCUGCUUCAUUCACUACGGAUGGAUGAUGAUUUCUUUAUGGGCGAACAGCCUGGUUAUGAAGGAUGGAGUUUUAUUUUUGGGGCUGAGGACGAUGAUGAUGAUGAAACGGUCCUCCUCAGUGAUCUUUUCAACAUGCUUUAAUUUCAAGGGUUUGUGUAUCUUGACCAUAUUAAGUUAAUAUAUUUAUCAAUUACAAAAAUGUAAAUGAGUUUUAAAUUGCUUUGCAUAACUAUCUUGUUGCUGUGUUUAUUAAAUAAAAUUUCAAUUUAAACAA